GUCAUCAUCAGGCUGUCGAAGUGGUCAGGACGACAAGCACAAUCUUCCAGACAUUCACACCUCAGUUUUCUAGGAGGCAUUGCGCCAAAUACCCCGAGGAAAAGAGGCUAUAGUGUAGUCCUAGGAUAUCCUCUCGUUUCUGCAGAUCAGCUUUCUCCAUUUCUUUCCAGAAAUGUCUAAAGAACGGUCAUAUGUCACGGAGCCGGGAUAUGUCAUAGCGGCUGCCAUGCUGUUGUCCGUCCUGGACGUCAUUGCAGUAAGCCUAAGGUUUUUGGCCCGGAUCAGACAACGAGAUGCACUCAGAAUAGACGAUUGGCUUGUGCUACUUGCGACAAUUUUGGUCAUUGCCAUUUCCAUAGAGGUAACUUAUGGCGUCUCCCAAGGCGCUGUUGCUCAUCCAACUCAAAUACCUCCCGAAUUUGCCGGCGAUCCCCUUGAACUCACGACGCCUCAAAUAUCUCUUGUGUAUAAGAUUCAAUGGGCCUUUGAUCUGAUGCUACCUUUGGCACUGGGUAGUGUCAAGACUAGCUUCCUAUUCUUCUACUUGAGAAUCUUCGUGGUGAACAGGAGAAGCCUGGCUGGCUACCUUCUCGGCGGUCUGAUUAUACUAGUGACUCUGUGGUCUAUUUCCUUCUUCUUUGCAUCCCUUUUCCAAUGUCGAUUGCACUUCUGGGCUCUUUGGGGAUCCACUUCGGACAUUGUGAACAAUUGCGUCCAGACGAUGCAAUUGGUUCUCGCAGUAUGCAUCACGGGAUUUAUAACAGAUCUUUGCAUUAUUUGUGCCCCAAUACCGUUGGUCUGGCAGCUCAAGCUUUCCACGGCCAAGAAGAUAUCCGUCAUUGCAAUCUUUCUUCUGGGAUCAAUAACCAUUGUGGCUUCCCUUCUACGACUAGUGAUGAUGGCUCGGCUUGUUGUGUUAGGUUUUUCCCCAGAUGAGGAUGGUCUUCUCGUUGUUACUGAAUACCUCUACUGGGGAAUUGUUGAAUGCGGUGUGGGGGUCCUCGCUGCUUGCCUCCCGACCCUUCAAUCUCUUUUUAGACAUUGGUCCUUGGCUCCCGUCAUGACAAGUAUUAAAAGCUUUCUCAGCACCAUUUCAACGCCUUUAGAGUACGCCAAGUUCAGGGGAACUUCCCAGGGUUCUAAAAUGACUGGCCAUCCGGAUCAUGUACCACUGAGCAGGGACGACACCAAGCCGGGAUCUUCUAGGUCGGAGGCCGGUAUAUUAGAAAGAGCGACUGACAUUGAGGCGUAUCCAAUGGAGCAGACGAGGGCUCAUAACCUUGUCUAAAGGAUUUUAUUUCACACUUGAAUCUACCUGAGCUCAAACAUUCAUUUAGGCUGGUACUUAGGUUUAUUGUUGCGCAGGAUGCACUUCGACAAUUAAAUAAUCGCAGAGAUUUAAUUGUGAAUUGGGUUUUAUAUGAGUUUUAGCCAUCUGCAGAUCUUUCUGAAGUUGUACCGGAUCAGGGAGUUUGUACAUAGUAUCGUCUAGGAUGCAGGGACGCUGAUGGAGGUGUUCCUAAAUUGCAGCUGGUUUGGUGCAGUAGUUCACUAAUUGUGGAGUACCUUGGGAGGUGACACCGAC